CCCACACUCUCCCCUUCUCUCUCUCUCUCUCUCUCUCUCUCUCUCUCUCUCUCACUCUUUCUCUCCGUCUUUGACUCGCAUUGUCUUCGCCCGGCGCAUUUUAGCCUCCCCCCCCUAUCUUACGCCGCCCCAUGGCGCACGUUAGCCAGCUUCCUUGCGACGGAGACGGCGUCUGCAUGCUCUGCAAAACGACGCCGUCGCACGAGGACCAGCUCACCUGCAGGACCUGCGUCACCCCGUGGCACGUCAGCUGCCUCUCGUCCCGUCCCGAAUCGCUGGCUUCCACUCUCCAGUGGGAGUGCCCAGACUGUUCCUCGCUCUCCGGCGACACGCCGGCCGUGAAAUCGGCCGUCUCCGGCGAGCUGAUCGCCGCGAUCCGGGCGAUCGAGGCCGAUGCGGCGCUGACGGAGCAGCAGAAGGCGAGUAAGCGACAGGAGCUGAUGAGCGGGAAGGCUCUGCCGGAGGAAGAAGAAGGCGCCGGCAGGAAGGGAGUAAACGACGGCGUUUUGGAUGGGAUUUUCAAUUGCUCGUUCUGUAUGCAACUACCGGAGAGACCUGUUACGACACCAUGUGGCCACAAUUUCUGCUUGAAGUGCUUCCAGAAAUGGGUUGGACAAGGGAAGCGUACUUGUGCAAAGUGCCGCCAUGCCAUUCCUUCCAAAAUGGCAAGUCAACCCCGCAUCAAUUCUUCACUUGUAGUUGCCAUACGUAUGGCUAAGAUGUCAAAAUCAUAUGUUACUGAGGGGCCUGCUAAGGUAUACCACUUUGUCCGAAACCAAGACAGACCUGACAAAGCUUUCACUACCGAGCGGGCGCAGAAAACUGGGAAAUCAAAUGCUGCAAGUGGCAAGAUAUUUGUCACAAUUCCAGCUGAUCAUUUUGGACCUAUACCUGCUGAAUAUGAUCCUGAGAGAAACCAAGGUGUGCUGGUAGGGGAAUGCUGGGAGGAUAGGCUUGAAUGUCGACAGUGGGGUGCACACUUUCCCCAUGUUGCUGGUAUAGCUGGACAGUCUAACCAUGGUGCACAGUCAGUUGUGCUUUCAGGAGGGUACCUUGAUGAUGAGGAUCAUGGAGAGUGGUUCUUAUACACAGGAAGUGGUGGAAGGGAUUUGAGUGGGAAUAAGCGAACAAACAAGGAUCAGUCAUUUGACCAGACAUUUGAGAAAUAUAACAAGGCUCUCCAAGUUAGUUGCCUGAAAGGGUAUCCUGUACGGGUGGUAAGAUCGCACAAGGAGAAGCGCUCCUCAUAUGCCCCUGAGAAAGGGUUGCGGUAUGAUGGAGUCUAUAGAAUUGAAAAAUGUUGGACAAAGGUGGGAAUCCAGGGGUUUAAGGUCUGCCGGUAUCUUUUUGUUAGAUGUGACAAUGAACCUGCACCAUGGACGAGUGAUGAACAUGGGGACCGGCCUAGACCUUUACCUCCAAUACCUGAGCUGAAGAAAGCUACAAGUAUAAUAGAGAGGAAGUCAAGUCCAUCGUGGGACUUUGAGGAGAAAGAUGGCUGCUGGAAGUGGAAAAAGUCACCACCUAUCAGUAAAAAAACCGUUCAGACAUUAGAUUCUGCUGAUCGAAAGAGGUCAAGAAAAGGAAAGAGGAAGGCAAAAAAUAUUACUGUCCGAGAGAGGCUCUUAAGAGAAUUCAGCUGCCUUGUUUGCGGGGAGGUCAUGACAUUACCAAUGACCACACCUUGUGCUCAUAACUUUUGCAAAUCCUGUUUGGAAGGCGCUUUUGCAGGAAAGAGCUUGGUGAGAGAAAGAAACAGAGGGGGAAGAACCCUUCGAACCCAAAAGAAUAUAAUGAGCUGCCCUUCUUGUCCUACUGAUAUCUCUGAUUUUCUUCAAGAUCCUCAGGUGAAUAGAGAGUUAAUGGAUGCGAUUGAGUCACUUAAGUCACAGAAUGAAGAGGAAGAGAAUGAGGAUUCAGUUGAAGAAAUGAGUGAAGAUGUGGAUAAUUCUGACAACGAAAUUAGCACUGAAAUGGUUGAAGAAGCAGGUGUGAAAGAAUGUGCUGAGGGUUCUCCAACAAACUGCAAUCCCGAAAGGAGUCCCAAACGACAGAAAGUUGAUGCUGGUGAAGGCUCACCAAAAACCAAUGAUGAGGAGGUAAAUUGCAUUCCUGUCGCCCAGACUAAUGGCAAAGGCUCACCGGAAACCGAUACUGAAGAGGUAAAUGAAACUCCUGUCGCCCAUACUAAUGGCAAGGGCUCACCGGCUCCAGUUGCAAAAUGUGGCAAGCAAGAUGCUGAUCCGGUUGGCGUUGCAGCAAAUACUAGGAGGAGGAAGGCUGAAGUAGUGGGUAAAGAUAAUGGUUCCCCAUCAAGUCCUCUGCUUGUGCAAUCUGAUUUUGAAUGAUGGAAUUGUAUUGCUCAAGGACUUCUGUGAACCUGAGGGCCUUUUGGUACAUGAAAGUGUAAUGCAGGAAAAAUGGCUAGCCUUUAUGUGAUUGUAGUCAUUGUUUGUUUCAUUCACAAGUUAAUCAAGUUGUUUCAUCA